AUGAAAAAUCCUGGAAUUCAUUAUUCCCCCACGCUCUGUAGUUUUGGUGACCACAUUGAUUCAAUUGUGGGUAAACCUCUGAAAGUUAAUGUUUUUAUAAAACGUAAUGCUAAACAUUUUUCUAUUUCUCUUUUGAUAAUGGCCUUUAAUCUUUAUAUUUCUCUCCGCAGGUUCGGUCACUGCUCAAUUACGGUUCUGUUAUCUGGCACCCGUAUUUGGCAAGAGAUCAACUAAGGCUGGAGCGCGUGCAAAAUAAAUUUCUAGCGUAUGCUGCUCUCGUUCUCAAAUUACCUGAUCCAUGCCAUGAUUACACUUAUUUACGUAAAGUUUUGACCGGUCAAUCACUCCAAUUUCGCCGUUCCAACGUCAACCAAAAUGUUAUCGUUGCUUUAAUCGAUGGGUUACUGGACGCACCCGAAAGAUAUCUUCUUCAGAGUACCUUAUCAUAA